AUGUCAAAAAGACCCACUUCACCACUCACGGAAGAUGCCCAACGAGCGAGACCAAAACCUCGUGCAAAGUCGUAUGGGCUGGGAUUGCUGUUACGUGGUGAAGAUGUAGAGGAUCAAGCGAGUAACGUAGACUCUCAAGGUCGAGGUACGAGUGAUACGACUGCGGCUGUGACAAAUGAUGAUACCAACGAUACGAAAUCCCCACUUCCAAGUUGGUUACCUACCUUACCACCUCACACGUCCAUACAAGAAGAAGAAACCGUCUUACCUUUUCUUCAACCUCCAUCCACACCACUACCUCAACCUCAUUCUCAGCCACAGCCGCAAACUUUAAACACGAUGACGGCUCCUACUCAUACAUUAUCACCAACACCUUCAACUGAGAAUUCAACUUUACCGCCACUCACGCCCAACACCCAAUAUGCCAUGGGUGGUUUGAACGGAUCGACAGGUCCACCCAGCCCAACGGGAUCAGCCUUCACUUUUACGUCUAGUAUGCAACAUGCUGUCUUUAGGGAAGACGAAGGGAGGUUAUAUAAUGCUGUUCAGGAUGAUUAUGCACUACCAGCUGAUACCAAAGAGAUCCAGAGACUCGAUAUUCAACACCAUGCGAUAAGAUUGCUACUCGGAGGUAAUUACCUCCCCCACGUAGGCCAACAUCUACGUACCCAUUCACCCCAUGGAAAAGAUAUGAGGGUACUGGAUCUAGGAUGUGGGACCGGUACUUGGUGUUUAGAGAUGGCAAGGGAGUUUCCUGAAGCAGAGUUCAUCGGUAUCGACCUAGUGCCAAUCCAACCUGAUACCCUACCCGAUAAUUGUUCUUUCGCAAUGGACGACAUUACCAAAGGUCUACCAUACCCUGAUGGCACUUUCGAUCUGGUCACUGGUAGAUUGUUAGUAAUGGGCCUACGCGAUUACCCUUCUCUACUUAGGGAUAUAGCUAGAGUGAUAAAGCCUGGCGGGAUGUAUGUGGCUACUGAACCAGAUAUCAACUUAAUUCUACCCGAUGGCCGCUCGACGGCGGGUUUGAAAGGCUGGGUUGGCUGGGAACACGGAUUGCAGAAGUGA